UCAUUGUACACGCAAUUGUGUAACUUGUUUUUUAAUAGGAUGCUAGUAGCAGGCAUUUCCUAUUUUUGCUUGAGCGUUCACAAUUGCCAUGUUACAAGGCUACAAAACCAUCACAUUUCUUCCUCGACAGAUUGAAUAGGACUUUGCCUGCGGUUCUGGCAGCACCGACACCCACAUCCUGCAUUCCGCAAGGCGGAGAUCACUUCCUUAGUCCCACUGGCUGCUGACCGAGCGCCCCGCGGUUGGCAGGCCUCCGGGUUCACUCCCGGCUGCGGCGCGGAGCGUGCGCGCCGUCCCCCGGCGCGCAAGGGGCGGAGGCAGGCGGCGUCCACUCCCUCCCGGCUCCACUCGUGCGCGGACUGCGCGGACCCGCGGGCCGGUCUCUGAGCGCGGCGCUCCCGUCCCGCCCACCCUGCGGGCAUCGGAGCGCGGCGGUGCAGGACUCGCGGCGGAGCGCAGGUGGACUGGGCUGGACUGCGAGGCCACCAGGCCGGACGCGGUGACCUGGGCGGCGCGGGGCCGCGCAGCUGGACGGCUAUUCGCCGAGCUCCGUCCCGGUUGGGCCCACGUUGGGACUCGGGUGCUCAACCCGCCCAGCAGGGCUGCUGAGGCGCCAAAGGCACAGCACUGAGAAAGCAAAAUAGUUUUGUGUUUUGGGAAUUCUGAGCAUUCAGAAGGCAUCCAGACAUGUCCUUGGAUGACAUUAAGAUGAAAUCCAGUGACCUCCUGGAGAGGGAAAAUCUAGACAGUGGAGGCUUUGGGGAGGUGUCCUUAUGUUUACACAGUACCCAUGGAUUUGUGAUCCUGAAGAAGGUGUACACAGGACCCAAGCGCACUGAGUACAACCAGGCCCUCCUGGAGGAGGGGAAGAUGAUGCAUAAACUGACACACCAUCGGGUGGUGAAGCUUCUGGGAGUCAUUAUGGAAGAAGGGAACUACUCCCUGGUGAUGGAGUUCAUGGAGAAGGGCAACCUGAUGGGCGUGCUGAAAGCCGAGGUCAGUAUCCCACUUUCCGUAAAGGGAAGGAUAAUUGUGGAGAUCAUUGAAGGAAUGUGCUACUUACAUGGAAAAGGAGUGAUACACAAGGACCUGAAGCCUGAGAACAUUCUCGUCGACAAUGACUUUCACAUUAAGAUAGCUGAUCUUGGCGUUGCUUCCUUUAAGACGUGGAGCAAACUGACUAAAGAAGAACACAAUGAGCAGAGGGGAGUGACUAGCACCUCUAAGAAAAAUGGCGGCACCCUCUACUACAUGGCCCCUGAGCACCUGAAUGACAUCAACGCAAAGCCCACCGAGAAGUCAGAUGUGUACAGCUUUGGCAUUGUACUUUGGGCAAUAUUUGCAAAUAAGGAGCCAUAUGAGAAUGCCAUCUGUGCGGCACAGCUAUUAAUAUGCAUAAAGUAUGGGAACAGGCCAGAUGUGGAUGACAUCAUUGAGCACUGCCCCAAAGAGAUCAUCAACCUCAUGGAGCUCUGUUGGAAGGCAAACCCAGAAGACCGGCCAACAUUUCCUGAUAUUGAAGAAAAAUUUAGGCCUUUCUACGUAAGUGAACUUGAAGAAAAUGUAGACGAGGAUGUGGAGACUUUAAAGAAAGAGUACCCAGAUGAAAAUGCAGUUGUGAAGAGAAUGCAGUCUCUGCAACUUGAUUGUGUGGCAUCACCACCAAGCAGGUCAAAUUCAGAGCAGCCUGGUUCGCUGCACAGUUCCCAGGGACUUGAGAUUGGGCCUGUGGAAGAGUCCUGGUUUUCCCCCUCUCUAGAGCACCCACAACAAGAGAAUGAGCCCAACUUGCAACGUAAACUCGAGGAGGAAGCCAGCUAUCAUGCCUUUGGCAACCACACAGACAAGCAGACAAAACUGAAGCCUAGACAGAAUGUGGCUUACAACAUAGAGGAGGAGAGGAGAAGAAGGGUCUCCCAUGACCCCUUUGCACAGCAGAGACCUUGUGAGAAUGUUCUGAGCACAGAGACAAAAGGUUUUGCUUUUCCCAGUGCAGCCAGUUAUGGUAAUGUAGUACACCAAGUGACAGGGCUCACUAGUCAACCAUACAGGAACGAGUUAUAUAAUUUACAUACGUUUGGAGCAAGACCAUUGGAUCCAGGAACAGCCGCUGCAGGAGCUUGGUAUGGACCAAAUCCAAGCCAAAUGCCUAGUCUGUAUAAAACUCCAGUGCCUGAGACCAAUCUCUGGGGAAGCACACCUACCAUCCCAUUCAGCUCCUUGCCACUAACAGAUGUACCCAUAAAAUGUACAAUAUACAAUAGUACUGGUGUUCAGAUUGGAGACUGUAAUUACAUGGAGAUUGGCGGAAUGAACUCACAAGUAGACAGCACAUGUACAAACUCAGUGGAACAUUCAAUUUCCAAGUACCAAGCUUUCUUUGAUAAUACCACGAGUCUGACUGAUAAACACUUGAAUCCAGUCAGGGACAACCUGGGAAAGAAGUGGAAAAACUGUGCCCGUAAACUAGGCAUCCCUGAAUCUCAAAUUGAUGAAAUUGACCAUGACUAUGAGCGAGAUGGGCUAAGAGAAAAGGUCUACCAGAUGCUCCAAAAGUGGUUGAUGAGGGAAGGCAAAGGGGCCACAGUGGGAAAGCUGGCCUGGGCGCUCUACCAGUGUUCCCGAAUAGAUCUUCUGAACUACUUGAUACACGUCAGCCAGAACUGACCCUGCAGGGGCUUUGGUAGCAUUAAGCAAACUCCUCUUAGUGAAUAACCCACUGGGAAGCAUUCUGUCUCAAAGCAUUCAACAUUCUGUCCUCACUGAUGUGGAUUCUGUGUCUGCAUAUGUAUCGUCUCGUGCAUUUCAGAACAGGAGAAUGCAAAGAGAAAUCCACAGUGAACAACCUACUUUCAGGAAGCCUAAGCAGGAAGACCUCUGAAUGGCCCAGGACCAAUUUUUAAAAAAGAAGAAGCCUAACCCAGUUUUAAGAAGGAGAAAAGAGGUACAGUAGAUGUUGGUAUCUGCAGGUACAUGGUUCCUAGGAUACCACCAUCAUGGAAAAACUGUACGUGCUCAAGAUGCAUAGAGUUCAGUGCUGUGCUGCAGACUCUUGAUUCGUUUCCCAUGAUGCCGCCCAGCUUCCUCUAAAGACAGGCCACCUUUCAACAAAUCUCAGAUUUUCACUUUUUCAGUAGAAUUAAGCACAUUACCUUUUACCUUGCCUUUUUUGGACAUGAUUGCUUUUGGGGAGGCAGAUUUUUCACAUAAUGAGGGGCAGAAAAACCACAGAUCCACACAAUGAUUUAAACCCAACUGGCAAUAACAUGGGACUGACUGAGAGCUUCUAUGUAUCCAACUGAGCUGUGAAACGAGGGGGAGGGGAUUUGAAAAUUUUGGUUUUGCGAUUUCUUUUGGUAUUUUUUAAUUUAUUAUUUUUUGACUGUGCUUGGCCAAAACUGUAUGUAAUAAAUCUUCAUGUAAGGGGGUAUAUUAUAUAGAAGAAAAAUCAUUCUGUGUCAGGUCAUACUGUAAUUAUCCUACUCAUUCAGCUUCCUGAAUGAGAAAAAAAAUUCAGAGAAUGUAAAAUAAACCAACUGCCUUAUUUUGUACAGUAUAAUUCUAAGUUCUAUUCAAGUAAAUUUUUUCUUAUGACAGUCAUGGUUCUUCCCAAAAUUGUAAGAUCUGUUAAUUUCCGUAUCAAAUGUUGUAUCAGUCAUUACAGGCUUUAAGAGUCAUGUGCAGUUCUAAUCCAUUACAUCAAAUUAUAAAUCAGCUGGGGGAAAUUUAAGGCGUGUUAGCAGAAGAAAAAAAAUACAGGGGGAAAUUGUAAUGUUUUCCUGAUACUUACUGCAAAGAAAUGUUAAUUGUGAAUACUACAAAAAUUCUUGAUUAAUUUUGGGUUCUUUCCUAGCAUUCUAGUACUUUAUGGAGUUUCUCAACCAGUGUGCCCUGCACAGGGACCAGGCAUGCAUACCUGCGUUCAUUUUCUUUUCUGUGUACCAUGAAGUAAAAAGUGACAGGUUCCGAGUUGGAAAAUUGUGCCUCUGAGCACUCAACCUUUCCCAGGUCCACCUGCAACCCAGGAACAAAUGAAAGAACUAGAGCAGAGUAAUGAAGCCACCUGGGCUACCCAGCGUCUCUGCUGGCUCUCUACUAAACAGAGGACUUGCCAUUGAACUUAGCUCUCCCAGGGUGGGAGAAGGGAAGGGCCCAGUGAUGAUCAGAAGA